UGUUCAGCUGUUUGGAUCUGUUGUACAUGGAGAUUGUGUAAUAUUCUUCAUGGAACUGGUGAAUGGUGGAACAUUAAGUGCACUAAUAAAGAAAAAGGUCUGCCUUUCUCACAAAGUGGCCAUAAAGUACUUCAAAAUGCUUCUGGAUGCCCUUGACUAUUUGCACCGAUGCAGCAUCAUUCACAACGACGUGAAAGGUGACAACAUUCUUCUUUCUGACAAUGAACAGCGACUUUUGCUUUGUGACUUUACAUUUGCUCAAAGACUACCACUGGGACAGCUCACACCCAAAGGAGAAGCUCCGGUAGGUACACAAACACAUAUGGCUCCAGAAGUAGCACAGAGUAUUGGCCAUGACUGGAGAGCAGAUGUUUGGAGUGCGACCUGUACCCUUCUACACAUGAUUAAUGGAAGGCAACCAUGGCUAAAGAAGUUUAGUGAAAUACAUGUUUUAUAUAAGGUGAUUGUGGAAGAAAGUCCACCAUAUUUUGAAAUCCCCCCAUCAUGCCACAUUUUGGUUGAUAGUCUUAUUAAGAGGGGCCUAAUAGUGGAUCAAUACAAGAGACCAUUUGCUUCAACUUUGCGAGAUGAAGCAGCUGAUACCUUGGCCCAGAUUUCAGAUCUUCUGUUCAUAUUUGGGGACCAGUAUACUGAAGUAUCCUCUCCAUUCUGCAAUGAAAAUAUAUCGGAGACAUCACAAUAUUCUUCUCCUACAACUCUUGAACUAUCCUUCAUCUUAAAAUAUUUACCUGAGCCAAUUCCAGGUUCUGAUCACACUCCAAACUGUGAGGAUAAAGUAAAUGAAGGCCAAAUCCCAAACAUUGUGUUUGAAAACUCUUGUGAAAAGCAGCAAAGUCCACAAGGAAAUGUAACAAAUACCAUAGAGAGAAACAAAAAGGAUGUUGAUUCUUCCAGGUCUCAUGGUUCUUGCGUUCAAACUUCAACUUUAAAAACAGGUCAGCAACCGUGCCACAGAAAAGUGAGUCGUUUUUAUACAUUGCCAACUUCAUUUCAGCAACCAAAGAAAAAUGAAGAUGAUGAGCAGAUUAGAAAAGGUACAUUAGUGUUCAAAGCAGAUUUACCAACUUCCAAAUGAAAAUGCACAGCCUGCUAAGACCCUGUUUACACCAUGCUGUUAAAGUCCAUCCAGACAUAAAAGUCCAAUUACAAAGUGGCAAUAUGCUAACUGCAUUUGACAUCAUUAUGGUUCAA